AUGGCGGCGCACUGUGUAGUUUGGUGGAACAAACACCAGCAUGUGCUCGUGGUGGUGGCUUGUUCUACCUCCAUUGGUUCUCUCGAGUCUGGAACUACGGGUAAAUGGACCAAGUUGUCUGGCCCCGAUGCCAACAGCCCCGCUCGACGCGAAGGCACUAUCCUUCAAGUGAUCGGCGAUAUUGCUUAUAUCUACGGUGGCCUGACCAACAACACGAUGUUUACCGACACGUGGAAGUUUGACCUGCUCCAUCUGGAAUGGACCCGACUCGUCACGACAGUGUCGCCCGGCUAUCGAUUUGACCACGUGGGGACAACCCAUGGCACGGACGUGUAUGUAUUUGGAGGGUCCGUGUCGAAUACAAGUCGACUACAAAGCGGCACGCUCUCCCAGAUGAACGACAUGUGGAAACUAGACUCGUUAAUCGACCAGUGGGUCCAAAUCACGCCCCCUUCGUGCAUCCAUCGCCUCCCCGCCCCUCGCACUGAGGCUGUGGCCGUGCCGACGGGGGAUGCCAUGGUGGUGUUUGGGGGGGUGGUGCUACCUUCCUCUAACGAAAGCGCGGCCGACUUUAACGACAUUUGGCAGUUUCGUUACGAUACCGAGACUUGGCGCGAAGUUGUGCCCAAGGCAAACACCCCUUUGCCGUUGCCUCGGUUCUCGCACACCGCUACCACUGUCACAGUGCAUGGCGUCCGCCACAUGAUUGUCCUCAGCGGUCGACAUAUCAUUCGAGAUGGGUGGUCUGUCCUCGCCGACGCGUGGAUGCUGCCGCUCGUCCUUGAUGACAAUGACGAGGCGCCAACGUGGAUAUUGCUGUCUGUGAGUCCUGUGUACAAUCGCCUCUUUGGGGGUGCUGUGAGCGUGAGCUCAAGCCUGUGGAUGUUUGGUGGGUUUGCUUUCUACAGCCACAGCGAGCGGGACGGCUUAGCAUACUCCGACACGGUGGCUGCAGACAUUGCGUCAUUAAUGGACAACAAAGUAACUCUAUUUUAUGACUACACAAGCUCAGACGAAACCACCCGAAGCAGCCCACACGCCCGAUUUCACCACGCCAUGGCCGUGUGGCGCGACCAAGUGUUGGUGUUUGGCGGUAAAUUCCUCCAGAGCUACGGCGACCUGUGGCUGCGCAACACAACCAUGUUCCCCACAGACCCAAAUCCGUACCAGCCCCGUCCCAACGCCCUUAGCUCGGUGGUGUUUGUGUUUGUCAGCGUAUUUUGGCUCUCGUCGGUCGUGGGCUAUUUGUGUUUGUUUGCGAUCCGUAUCUGCUUUCCCCCAGUACAAAUCCACUCCCCCUCAUUAUAUACCCUUCCCCUCCUUCAUACCUUGGCCAUAUCCUAAAGAUUGUGCAUUUCUAGUUUAACUUCCGUGUGCGCAUGAUGCCAUUGCCGCCGUUGCGCCAUCGAGGACUUUCAUUCGAUGAAAUUACCGCCUUUAAACUUGUUCCCUUUGUUGCCCGGAAGGACGGCGGUGGGUCGGACGAACUGUGCUCGAUUUGCUUGGCCGACUUUGAGCCCCGAGAACGCCUCCGUGAGCUCUCUUGCCAACAUCGAUACCAUCCAGCUUGCAUCGACACUUGGCUGGCCAAAAGUCAGUCGUGCCCUCUCUGCAAACGACACCUUGCGUCACCCAAGGCCACGACGUGGGCUGGACGCGUCGCACGACAUAGGGUUACAGCCGCCGCUCCGGCGCAGCAGACAUCAACGCAUACACCACGAUGACAAGUGACAACAACCAAAUGAAAUUUAUUGUAUGCGUUUGGCACAUUGUGCACGUUCGUUUAAGAUGGGCGUAACUAAGGUACAAUCUAACCGAGCGACAUGACAAGC